AUGUUUUCAGGCAUCCCCACCGACGAGGAGCAGGCCACUGGUCUGGAGAAGAUCGUUAUGAAGGCUGCCCAACAGGGCGCGGUACGUCAACAUAUAUAUUCUUAAAUAAUACUUUAACGUCAGAUGUUUUGCCCUAGCUAACGUUAGAACGCUAGCGUUGAUGUAGCUCUCGAGAACCCAAGGCCAGGGUAAGUCAAACACGUUUUUAUUUUAUUUCUGGUAGAUCAUCCCCCCCCAAAAAACACACUCAUUAGCAGUUUUUUCCUAAUUAAUUUCCAAUAGUUUUCUACUUAAUGUUAAGCUUUAAAAGUACAUUCCUAAAACAUAAUAUGUUGAAAAUGACGCUGUCGCUGCAUCCCGUUGACAACAACCUUUUGAUAAAUAGACCAAUGCAAAAAACAAAGUUCAGUUUAUAUCAAUUAAUAUGCAGAAUCAGUUCAUGAUAUAUUCAAAACCUAAACGUACAUGUGCUACAUUGGUCAUCAUAUUACUUGUAUUUAAAUUUUUUAACGAGCACCUUAUAAACUGCAUUUGCACCAAAACACAUGUUUUGACAAGUGGAAAUAAAUCACUCAUAUUAAUUAGUGUUCGCUGUUGAAACUAACAACUCAAAAACCACACAGAAACUGGAAAUAUUGUUUACAGCAUUCGUUAGAGGACAACCUGCUGAAGACAACCAGCUACAUUUUGGAGUGAUGCAUAUUGAUAUGGGUGUCGCCAAAACGGAAAGAGAAACGCAACACUUAUCAAUCACUCUAUCGCGUUGAAAUCAAUAGAACGAGAGUGGGGGAGUCAGGUUGCAUGUCCUGCACAAACUAACUACAAAAAAAACACAUGGAAUCAUAUCACUGGUUAGAAACGUUAAUAAUCCCCACUCUGCGAUACGGGUUUGGAAACCUUUGGACUUAAUUUUCAUUCCAGUGAGAGAAUCUCUAAAGUACAAAAGAUACACUUACUGUACGCUGUGUAAUAAAGUUGCACCCGGCUGUAACACAGCCUAGAGGGACAAUAGUGCUGAGUACCAGACAGUUAGCAAGUUUAGUAGGCUGCUAAUGACCAUCGGCAGCAUUAGAGCUUGGAGAACCUAAUUACCAUGACUAAACGGUCACGUGGAAUAUGACUGCCAUCAUGACUCAUGACCGCCGGUGUGGCGGUAAUACGGUUGCCGUAAAAGCCCUAGGCAGGGCUUGCAAACGAUCAGGUGAUUUACAAAGGGAAAUCCAGCCGCGAGCUGCCCAGUGACACUAGUAAAACCCGACCGAUGUGAUUUUUGCGACUGAUACGGAUUUUAGGGAGGCAAAAGUUACCGAUAUACAAGUGCCUUCAGAAAGUAUUCACACCUUGACUUUUCCACAUUUUGUUACAGCCAUAAUUUUAAAAUGAAUACAAUUUGGGGCGGCAGGUAGCUUAGUGGUUAAGAGCGUUGUGCCAGUAACCGAAAGGUCGCUGGUUCUAAUCCCCGAGCCGACUAGGUGAAAAAUCUGUCGAUGUGCCCUUGAGCAAGGCACUUAACCCUAAUUGCUCCUGUAAGUCUCUCUGGAUAAGAGCGUCUGCUAAAUGACAAAAAUGUAAAUGUCACUGAUCCACACACAACAUACCUCAAUAUGGAAUUUGAAAUAUUUUUUUUUGAAAUUAAUUAAAAGAAUUAGGCUGAAAUGUCAAUAAGUAUUCAAACCCUUUUGUUAUGGUAAGCCUAAAUAACUUCAGAAGUAAAAAUUGUAUGGUUUUUUGUGUGUGCAAAUUGCGUGGACUAACUGUGCAAUAAUGGUGUUUUAACCUGAUUUUUGAAUGACUACCCCAUCUCUGUACCCCACACAUACAAUGUGGUCCCUCAGUCGAGCAGUGAAUUCACAGAUUCAACAACAAAGACAAGGGAGUUUUUCCAAUGCCUCGCAAAGAAGGGCACCUAUUGGUAGAUAAAAUAAAAAAUGUGCAGACAUUAAAUAUAUAUUUUACACUUUUGGAUGGUGUAUCAAUACACCGUCAAUACAAAGAGACAGGCGUCCUUCCGAACUCAGUUGAUGGACAGGAAGGAAACUGCUCAGGGAUUUCGCCAUGAGGCCAAUGGUGACUUUAAAACAGUUAGUUUAAUGGCUGUGAUGGUAGAACUGAGGAUGGAUCAACAACAUUGUAGUUACUCCACAAUACUAAUCCAAUUGAUAGUGAAUAGAAGGAAGCCUGUAUAGAAUACAACUAUUCCAAAACAUGCAUCCUCUUUGCAACAAGUCACUAAAGUAAUACUGCAAGAAAUGUGGCAAAGCAAAACCUUUUGACCUGAAUACAAAGUGCUAUGUUUGGGGAAAAUCCAAUACAACACAUUACUGAGUACCACUCCAUAUUUUCAAGCAUAGUGGUGGCUGCAUCAUGUUAUGGGUGUGCGUGUAAUUGUUAAGGACUGGGGUGUUUUUAAGGAUAAAAAAUUAAUGGAAUGGAUCUAAGCACAGGCAAAAUCUUAGAGGGAAACCUGGCUGUCUGCUUUCCACCAGACACUGGGAGAUGAAUUCAUCUUUCAGCAGGACAAUAACCUAAAACACAAGGCGAACUCUACACUUGAGUUGUUUACAAAGACAGUGAAUGUUCCUGAGUGUCCGAGUUACCAGUUGCCUUAAAUCUACUUGAAAAUCUGGGGCAAGACCUGACAUUUUUUUUUCUAGCAAUGAUCAACAACUAAUUUGGCAGAGAUUGAAGAAUUUUGAAAAUAAUAAUGGGCAAAUGUUGCACAAUCGAAGUGUGGAAGCUCUUGGAGACUUAGCCAGAAAGACUCAGCUGUAAUCGCUGUCAAAGGUGUUUCUACAAAGUAUUGACUCGGGUGUGAACACUGAGAUUUCGGUAUUUCAUUUUCAGUAAAUUUGCUAAUAUUUCUAACGUUUUCACUUUAAAACAAUGUGGAUUAAGUUCAGGGGUAUGAAUACUAUUAUUUGGAUGGUAAUUUCAUGACUUUUCAGAACCACUUGUCUAACAAAGUUUAAAAUGUUUGAGUUUCCAUUUUUAAAGACAAUUAUACAGGUAAUUCUGGUAUGUACUCUAGAGGUCAAAGUUCUGUUGAUCUGACCAUUCUGAAAAAUGUGUCUGAUGGAUAACUGACUAAUCUUUCCAAUGAUAUCUGAUUUAAAGGGUAUACGUGAGCAAUAACUUGUUGUAUACUGACGUUGUUUGUCAGGGUAAAAUCUCUAUGGGAAAAAAUGAUUGGGAUGGAGGGAUGAAAGAGUGAUAACACAGAGGAAGCUACCAUUGCUGCACUGCCAUCACACAUUUUUAAACGGGACGUAGACCUUAAAGCAGCAAUCAGCAGUUGAAAUAAUAAAGCGGUUUCCUUGCCUCUGUUUUGGUUAAAAGUUGAGUGAUGGGCCUGGAGAAAUAAAACCACUCUCAAAUUCAUAGAGCAAUGGAUGCAAGGACUGACCAUCCAAUAUAUAUACACUGCUCAAAAAAAUAAAGGGAACACUAAAAUAACAACACAUCCUAGAUCUGAAUGAAUGAAAUAAUCUUAUUAAAUACUUUUUUCUUUACAUAGUUGAAUGUGCUGACAACAAAAUCACACAAGUUAUCAAUGGAAAUCAAAUGUAUCAACCCAUGGAGUUCUGGAUUUGGAGUCCCACUCAAAAUUAAAGUGGAAAACCACACUACAGGCUUAUCCAACUUUGAUGUAAUGUCCUUAAAACAAGUCAAAAUGAGGCUCAGUAGUGUAUGUGGCCUCCAUGUGCCUGUAUGACCUCCCUACAACGCCUGGGCAUGCUCCUGAUGAGGUGGUGGAUGGUCUCCUGAGGGAUCUCCUCCCAGACCUGGACUAAAGCAUCCGCCAACUCCUGGACAGUCUGUGGUGCAACGUGGCGUUGGUGGAUGGAGCGAGACAUGAUGUCCCAGAUGUGCUCAAUUGGAUUCAGGUCUGGGGAACGGGCGGGCCAGUCCAUAGCAUCAAUGCCUUCCUCUUGCAGGAACUGCUGACACACUCCAGCCACAUGAGGUGUAGCAUUGUCUUGCAUUAGGAGGAACCCAGGGCCAACCGCACCAGCAUAUGGUCUCACAAGGGGUCUGAGGAUCUCAUCUCGGUACCUAAUGGCAGUCAGGCUACCUCUGGCGAGCACAUGGAGGGCUGUGCGGCCCCCCAAAGAAAUGCCACCCCACACCAUGACUGACCCACCGCCAAACCGGUCAUGCUGGAGGAUGUUGCAGGCAGCAGAACGUUCUCCACGGCGUCUCCAGACUCUGUCACGUCUGUCACAUGUGCUCAGUGUGAACCUGCUUUCAUCUGUGAAGAGCACAGGGCGCCAGUGGCGAAUUUGCCAAUCUUGGUGUUCUCUGGCAAAUGCCAAACGUCCUGCACGGUGUUGGGCUGUAAGCACAACCCCCACCUGUGGACGUCGGGCCCUCAUACCAUCCUCAUGGAGUCUGUUUCUGACCGUUUGAGCAGACGCAUGCACAUUUGUGGCCUGCUGGAGGUCAUUUUGCAGGGCUCUGGCAGUGCUCCUCCUUGCACAAAGGUGGAGGUAGCGGUCCUGCUGCUGGGUUGUUGGCCUCCUCCACGUCUCCUGAUGUACUGGCCUGUCUCCUGGUAGCGCCUCCAUGCUCUGGACACUACGCUGACAGACACAGCAAACCUUCUUGCCACAGCUCGCAUUGAUGUGCCAUCCUGGAUGAGCUGCACUACCUGAGCCACUUGUGUGGGUUGUAGACUCCGUCUCAUGCUACCACUAGAGUGAAAGCACCGCCAGCAUUCAAAAGUGACCAAAACAUCAGCCAGGAAGCAUAGGAACUGAGAAGUGGUCUGUGGUCACCACCAGCAGAACCACUUCUUUAUUGGGGGUGUCUUGCUAAUUGCCUAUAAUUUCCACCUGUUGUCUAUUCCAUUUGCACAACAGCAUGUGACAUUUAUUGUCAAUCAGUGUUGCUUCCUAAGUGGACAGUUUGAUUUCACAAAAGUGUGAUUGACUUGGAGUUACAUUGUGUUGUUUAAGUGUUCCCUUUAUUUUUUUGAGCAGUGUACAUUCGUUUUGAGGCUAUAUAGGCCUAGUGUUGGUUUACAUUUACAAUGUUAACAAACAUUGGAGUAAAAGCUUAUAUUUUGAGUUCUGAUGGGGUACGACAGCUGAACUAAGCUCACGAGGCAUUUGUUAUAUUCAAGAAUCGAUGAGUAUAUAUCACACACAAGUAAGAAAAUGGAUGUAGCAAUUGCACAUUGCCCUUUUAAAAACCCCCCCCCCCCCCCCCCCCCCGUUCAACACCAUAGCACCCUCCAAACUCAUCACUAAGCGAAGGACCCUGGGACUAAACACCUCCCUCUGCAACUGGAUCAUGGACAUCCUGACGGACCACCCCCCAGGUGGUGAGGGUAGGCAGCACAUCUGCUACGCUGACCCUAAACCACAGGGCCCCCUCAGAGGUGUGUGCUUAGUCCCCUCCUGUACGACUGCGUGGCCGCGCACGACUUCAACACUAAGUUUGCACCGACACAACGGUGGUAGGCCUAAUCACUGAUGAGAUGGCCUAUAGGGAGGUGGUCAGAGACAAGACAAAGGAGCUGAUCGUGGACUACAGGAAAAAAAAGAGGACUGAGCACGCCCCCAGUCACAUCGACGGGGCUGUAGUGGAGCGGGUCGAGAGCGUCAAGUUCCUCGGUGUACACAUCACUGCCAGAUGGUGACGCGUGAUAGAAAGCCAUUUCAUGAGGCUCCCGACAAACAGUUCUUGUGCUGAUGUUGCUUCCAGAGGUAUUUUGGAACUCGGUAGUGAGUGUCGCAAGCAAGGACAGACUAAUUUUACGCGCUUCAGCGCUCUGCAGUCCCGUUCUGUAAGCUUGUGUGGGCUACCACUGCUCCUUGACGUUUCCACAAUAACAGCACUUACAGUUGACCGGGACAGCUCUAGCAGGUCAGAAAUUUGACGACUGACCUGUUUGAAUAGUGGCAUACUAUGACAGUGCCAUAUUGAAAGUCACUGAGCUCUUCAGUAAGGCCAUUCUACUGCCAAAGUUUGUCAAUGGAGAUUGCAUGGCUGUGUGCUCUAUUUUAUACAUGUGGCUGAAAUGGCCAAAUCCACUAAUUUGAAGGGCUGUCCACAUACUUUUGUGAAAUAUAGUGUGUAUCUAUCUCAAUUACCUCAUACCCCUGCACAUUGACUCUGUACAGGUACCCUGUGUGUAUAUAGCCAAGUUAUCGUUACUCAUUGUGUAUUCAUUCCUCUUAUUCUUCUCUCUGCAUUGACAAGAGCCUGUAAUUAAGCAUUUCACUGUUAGUCUACACCUGUUUCGUACUACACCGGCUCUGACGCUCGUCGGAUGUGGCAGGGCUUGAAAACUAUUACAGACUACAAAGGGAAGCACAGUCGUGAGCUGCCCAGUGACACAAGCUUACCAGACGAGCUAAAUCACUUCUAUGCUCGCUUCGAGGCAAGCAACACUAAAGCAUGCAUGAGAGCACCAGCUGUUCUGGAUGACUAUGUGAUCACGCUCUCCGUAGCUGAUGUGAGUAAGACUUUUAAGCAUUCACAGGGCCCUUUCCCACCUGGACAAGAGGAACACCUACGUGAGAAUGCUAUUCAUUGACUACAGCUCAGCGUUCAACACCCUAGUGCCCUCAAAGCUCAUCACUAAGCUAAGAAUCCUGGGACUAAACACCUCCCUCUGCAACUGGAUCCUGGACUUCCUGACGGACCGCCCCCUAGGUGGUAAGGGUAGGUAACAACACAUCCGCCACUCUGAUAUUCAACACGGGGGGCCCCUCAGGGGUGCGUGCUCAGUCCCCUCCUGUACUCCCUGGUCACCCAUGACUGCAUGGCCAGGCACGACUCCAACACCAUCAUUACGUUUGCCGACGACACAACAGUGGUAGGCCUGAUCACCGACAACGAUGAGACAGCCUAUAGGUGUAGUGCCAGGAUAACAACCUCUCCCUCAAUGUGAUCAAUGUCAUCAACGGGGCUGUAGUGGAACAGGUUGAGAGCUUCAAGUUCCUUGGUGUCCACAUCACCAACGAACUAUCAUGGUCCAAACACACCAAGACAGUCGUGAAGAGGGCACGACAAAGCCUAUUCCCCCUCAGGAGACUGAAAACAUUUGGAAUGGGUCCUCAGAUCCUCAAAAAGUUAUACAGCUGCACCAUCGAGAGCAUCCUGACUGGUUGCAUCACCACAUGGUAUGGCAACUGCUCGGCCUCUGACCGCAAGGCACUACAGAGGGUAGUGCGUAUGGCCCAGUAUAUCACUGGGGCCAAGCUUCCUGCCAUCCAGGACCUCAAUACCAGGCGGUGUCAGAGGAAGGCCCUCAAAAUUGUCAGACUCCAGCCACCCUAGUCAUAGACUGUUCUACGGCAAGCGGUACCAGAGUGCCAAGUCUAGGUCCAAAAGGCUUCUCAACAGCUUCAACCCCCAAGACAUACGACUCCUGAACAGCUAAUCAUGGCUACCCGGACAAUUUGCACUGCCCCCCUCUUUUACUCUGCUGCUACUCUGUUUAUUAUUUAUGCAUAGUCACUUUAACUCUACCCACAUGUACAUAUUACCUCGACUAGCUGGUGCCCCCGCACAUUGACUCUGCACCGGUACCCCCCUGUAUAUAGCCUCCCUAAUAUUAUUUUAUUUUACUGCUGCUCUUUAGUUAUUUGCUGAAUUAUUAUUUUAUUUUUUUACUUUGCAUUGUUGGUUAAGGGCUUGUAAGUAAGCAUUUCGCUGUAAUGUCUACACCUGUUAUAUUCGGCGCAUGUGGCAAUUUUUUUACGAAGCAUGUGACAAAUAACAUGUGAUUUGCUGGUACUUGGCUAACUUAGCUAGGAUCCUUACAAGGUUUCUUAGAGGGCUUUGCCCUUAUUGUAGUUCACUCUCAUACCAUAUAAGUAUAUUAUUGAACCUGCCUUGUUUGAAUUCCUUCCAGGACCCCUACAGCAUGCUGAAACCCAAGGAGUAUGCUGGCUCCAAGGCCGACCCUCAUCUGGUGCCCUCCAUCACCACCAAGAGGAUUGUGGGCUGUGUCUGUACGUGACUUGCUUCAUAUUAGUCUUGCAACAGCUGUCUGGGAGCUGUCUGUUGCCAGAAGCCAUAUUUCUCUGAUUUGUCUUGGCUGUCUGAUUGUUGUGAUCUCUGCUCAUAUCUAAACUCUCUCCUUCAAACACUCUCUCCCGCUCUCUUCUCUCUCUCCAUCUCUAGGUGAGGAGGAUAACACAGCAGUGGUGUGGUUCUGGCUCCAUCAGGGCGAGGCUCAGCGCUGUCCCUCCUGUGGCUCCCACUACAAACUGGUGCCCCACGAGCUGCCACACUAAAAUAUAUAUAUACAUACAUACACACCGUACCGUACCAGUCAAAAGUUUGGACACCUACUCAUUCAAGGGCUUUUCUUAUUGUAGAAUAAUAGUGAAGACAUCAAAACUAUGAAAUAACAUGUCGUAACCAAAAGUGUUAAACAAAUCAAUAUAUUUUAGAUUCUUCAAAGUAGCCACCCUUUGCCUUGAUGACUGCUUUGCACACUCUUGGCAUUCUCUCAUCCAGCUUCAUGAGGAAUGCUUUUCCAACAGUCUUGAAGGAGUUCCCACAUAUGCUGAGCACUUGGCUGCUUUUCCUUCACUCCACUGUCCAACUCAUCUUAAACCAUGUCAAUUGGGUUGAGGUCGGGUGAUCGUGGAGGCCAGGUCAUCUGAUGCAGCACUCCAUCACUUUCCUUCUUGGUCAAAUAGCCCUUACACUGCCUGGAGGUGUGUUUUGGGUCAUUGUCCUGUUGAAAAACAAAUCAUAGUCCCAUUAUGCAUAAACCAAAUGGCAUGGCGUAUUGCUGCAGAAUGUGGUGGUAGCCAUGCUGAUUCUAAAUAAAUCACUGACAGUGUCACCAGCAAAGCACCCCCACACAUCACACCACCUCCUACAUGCUUCACGGUGUAAACCACGCAUGCAGAGAUAAUCCGUUCACCUACUCUGCGUCUCACAAAGACAGACCAAAUGACAGAUUUCCACCGGUCUAAUGUCCGUUGCUUGUGUUUCUUGGCCCAAGCAAGUCUCUUCUUAUUGGUGUCCUUUUAGUAGUGGUUUCUUUGCAGCAAUUCGACCAUGAAGGCCUGAUUUUCACCAGUCUCCUCUGAACAGUUGAUGUUGAUGUGUAUGUUACUUGAACUCUGUGAAGCAUUUAUGUAGGCUGCAAUCUGAGGUGCAGUUAACUCUAUAAUGAACUUAUCCUCUGCAGCAGAGGUAACUCUGGGUCUUCCUUUCCUGUGGCGGUCCUCAUGAGAGCCAGUUUCAUCAUAGCGCUUGAUGGUUUUUGCGACUGCACUUGAAGAAACUUUCAAAGUUCUUUAAUUUUCCGGCUUGAAUGACCUUCAUCUCUUAAAGUGAUGGACUGUCGUUUCUCUUUGCUUAUUUGAGCUAUUCUUGCCAUAAUAUGGACUUGGUCUUUUACCAAAUAGGGCUAUCUUCUCUAUACCACCCCUACCUUGUCAUAACACAACUGAUUGGCUCAAACGUAAAUUAACUUUUAACAAGGCACACCUGUUAGUUUAAAUGCAUUCCAGGUGACUACCUCAUGAAGCUGGUUGAGAGAAUGCCAAGAGUGUGCAAAACUGUCAUCAUGGCAAAGGGUGGCUACUUUGAAGUAUCUCAAAUAUAAAAUAUAUUUUGCUUUGUUUAACACUUUUGGUUACUACAUGAUUCCAUAUGUGUUAUUUCAUAGUUUUGAUGUCUUCACUAUUAUUCUGCAAUGUAGAAAAUAGUAAAAAUAAAGAAACCCUGGAAUGAGAGGUGUCAACUUUUGACUGGUGCGGUGUGUGUAUAUAUAAAUAUACACACAAACACACACCCUCUAUCUAUCAUAUACAUACAUACAUACAUACAUACACACACACACACCACCAAAACACACCUAUUACUUUACAUUCACUCUGAAAGAUUCCAGCUUCUUUAGAAUGGGAUUAAGUGGGUUUAGACAUGUCAGGAAUCACAAUGCUCUUGUUGGGGUUUCUAAAUUAGAAUGUUGUGCUCAUCUGCACUUUCUGGUUUCCUUUUAUGAUUUCUUUGCUGUCCAAUUCUUUAUCUCAUACUAGCGUCAACUUAAUUAUCUAACCUGCUAACCUCAAUGUCAGUCUGUGCUGACAGUACCAGUUAUUGUUUUCAACUUACCAAAGGCCUAGGCUUUACGGUGUGGGACACAAUGUUAUUUUUCAAGCAAUUCUAUUCAAACAGCAGUUUACGUUGAUGUAUGUACGGUACAAUGUUACACUUGGUCCAGUUACCCCUCUUAUCAAACCAAUAAACUCUUUAACUCAUCUUGCUUUUUCAGUGGUGAUGUGUAGAUUGUGGUGGUGAUGUUGGACGUCUUUGAUCUGGGAAACCGGCCCCUUUUCUGA